UCAAGUACGGUGUUUCCAACUUAGAAGCAAUUUCUAGAUCGUGUAGCGUCCGGGUAAUUGAAUACCUUAUCAUUUUUUAUGUCACGUUGUGUUGCUAACGGUUCGUAACAAAAAGCGAUUACGUUGGUCAACAUUGAACAUAUGUGAAUUUCGUUUCACCGGCUAGCAGCUUUUUAAACACUAGUUUAAUAAAUUUUUUAUUGGUGUUUGCACAAAGUUAAUGAUAAGAUAAUUACGGGAACUUUGAAAUUUAAAAUUACAGUAUUAUAUUAAUUAAACGGAAGAAGUUGAAUUUGUUGAUAAUAUUAGUAACAAAUAUUUGGUUGACGGAGUUAGUGCAACGAUUACAUUGUCACAGUCACGUCGUCCAGUAAAACGCUUGCAACAAUCAAAUUUCUAGUAUUCAAAAGAGUGUACUGUAAGUUUGCAUAAUGGCUUUUACAAAAAGCAUACGACGAGCGUUGACCUCUAUUGCCACCUAUCAGAUGGGACGUCGUUACAGCGGCAGGCAGGUACGUUAUUUAAUUGUAGGUGUUGGCUUGGCUACUUCUGCUUCCAUCUCCUUUGUACAUUUGGAAGCUGCUAGAAAAAGCAAGUUUAAUACUUCCAUCUAUAUGGCAGAACCAAUUACUGAUACUAAUACGCUGAUUGAAAAUGAGGAUGAUAUGCGUACUAAAAUGGAGUUAAUGAUAAUGAAAGUUCAAGCAGACUUUUGUCGUGCCUUAGAGGCUGAAGAAUACGCCGGACAAAAAUUCAAAGUCGAUCGUUGGCAGCGUGCAGAAGGUGGCGGCGGUAUUACGUGCGUCCUACAGGAUGGUGAAGUAUUUGAGAAAGCUGGUGUUAAUAUUUCCGUUGUAACUGGCAUGUUACCACCGGGUGCUGUGCAACAAAUGCGUACUAGAGGAAAGAAUUUAGCCGAAGGCAAGAAGUUGCCAUUUUUUGCUGCUGGCGUAAGUGCUGUAAUACAUCCUAGAAAUCCACAUGUCCCAACGAUACAUUUCAACUAUCGCUAUUUCGAAGUUGAGAGUGAUGGUGAGAAGCAAUGGUGGUUCGGCGGCGGCACAGACUUGACGCCAUAUUAUUUAAACGAAAAGGAUGCGGUACAUUUUCACAAAACACUGAAGAACGCAUGUGACGAACAUGACUCAAGUUACUAUCCACGCUUUAAGAAAUGGUGCGAUGAUUACUUCCGCAUUACGCAUCGAAAGGAAAGUAGAGGUAUUGGUGGUAUAUUUUUCGAUGAUGUCGAUACACCGAACCAAGAGGGAGCGUUUAAAUUUGUUACUAGUUGUGCUAAUUCGGUAAUCCCUUCAUACAUGCCGCUUGUGCGCCAACACAAAAACGAUGAUUAUGGCGAUAAUGAGCGACAGUGGCAACUUUUGCGCCGUGGCCGCUAUGUGGAAUUCAAUUUAAUCUACGAUAGGGGCACAAAAUUCGGUCUCUAUACGCCAGGUGCGCGGUAUGAAAGUAUACUAAUGUCAUUGCCGUUGACAGCGCGUUGGGAAUACAUGCAUACGGUGCCAGAAAAUUCAAAAGAAGGGAAACUUUUGGAAGUACUAAAAAAUCCUAAGGACUGGAUUGCUAGUGCUCAAUAGAUUGAAGGAAGAUCAGAAGUCUACGUAAAAACCUACUAUAACCAAGAGCUCAUAUAUAAUUGGUCUUCGUUUAACUAGGAAACUAUGUAAAAAAGACAAUAGAAGUGUUUGUUUAAUUUACAUUAUGGUGCACAUUACUUCAAAGUAGUAUAGUAUAAUGGUAUGUUGUUGUGGGUGUCUGAACAAUAAAAUUUAUUUGUAUAAUUAGAUUUGUAUGUACUUAAAGAAGAAUAAAGUGCACUUUUUGUAACAAUUUA